AUGGAGUCACUUCCAAUUCUCUUCCUGGUGCUAUGUGGUAUGGCCUUCCUCACCGGGGUGCCAUUGAAUGGCUACGUCCUCUUCGUCGCCGGCUCCCGUGUGGAGAGGACGACCAGUGCCGUGUGGUUCUGGAACCGGGCCUUGACUGAUUUCAUCUUCAUCAUCUUCCUGCCCCUCAAAUUAAUUUCCGUCUUCAUCCUAGACUUAGACUGGGCCAAGAUGCUGAGCAGCACCAUCACCUCCUUCCACAUGUUCUCCAGUGCCUUCCUCCUCACGACCCUCAGUGUCGAUCGCUGCAUCCUCGUGGCAGGCCCUGAGUGGGCCCAGAACCACUGCACGCCCCGCCUGGCUUUCAUGAUUGCUAUGGGCAUGUGGGCCCUGUCUCUUGGAUUCAGCUUCCGGUACAGUGAUCUCUGGGAAUCCCUCCUCUCACCUGCCAACACCAGCAUAAAUUUCCGACUGGAUGAAGAGAGGGUGAAGGCCGCCAUUGCCAUCCAGUUCCUGGUCGGGUUUCUGAUCCCAUUAGCCUUGAUCUUGAUCCCAACCUUCUACAUUGUUCUAGCUGCCAAGCUGAGAAGGAACGGGCUGAUCCAGUCCACCAAGCCCCUCAAGAUCCUUCUUGGUUUGAUCCCGGCCUUUUUCCUCUGCUGGCUGCCAUGUCACGUCUUCUUCUUCCUGCAGAUCUCACCUAUAUAUCAAUUGCCUCUUCUGCGAAUAGGAAGUGCUUUUGCUUGUGUCAUGAUUUAUUUCAGCAGCUGCCUCAACCCCAUCUUCUAUCUCACCAUGGAAGAAGAGUUUCUGAGGUACCGGCAACGUGUACGCAACCCCCAAACCACUGACAACUCAGGGCCAGAGCCGGCUGAAUAG